UAGGUUAAAGCAGAGUGCGAGGUAAGAGCAUAAUGAAUUUUCAUUAUCAGUCCGUUUUUAAAUCUCGAGACGAUGAGGCUGUUCCUGUUUACCAUAUUUGUCGUUUUUGUAAACGGUUUAAAAUAUCACGAUAUACCAAAUUUACUGGUGAACGUCACAGAACAAGGUUCGGCUUGGGUUUCGUUUCCAGAAGAAAACAUUAAGUCAGUUUUCUUUUCCAUCAAACGGAAUGACACGUGUCAAUCUUACGAUUACAAAUGCGAUUCCAAAGAAGUGCACCCAUGGGCUAUACACGAAUUCCUGAAUGAGACACUCACAAUUGACGCUAUUUUAGAGACCAAACAAAAUGAAACAAUUAUAGGGUCAUUCAAAGUCAAAACAAAUGGAGCAUCGGAAAAACAAAAAUCACCUCAACCCGUCAGGAAAAUUAUUAAACUUCCAUUAAAUUCUUCCCAGGACAUAAGUUGCUGA